AGAAAGAACAAAGAGGACCACUACAAAAAGGGUAAGGCAACACUGCCAACAUCCAUGGAUUGUGGUAUUAAGAAAAUCGGCGACAAAAAUUGGUUCUACCUUUUAUCAAUGAAGGGUCAUAUGUGGAAUGACGAGCAUCUUGAUGUCAUGUUUUACUACUUCCGGAAAAAAGCCAAAUAUGAUACAAAUAGCACAUACAAGUUUACCACUGUAGACUGUGUUUUCAAUACCAAAAUUGAUGCUAUUCACAAAGGCUAUCUUGACCGGAUGGUGCCAUAAGUGUUGGAAAACAAGAAGAUGUUUUAUGUGAAUACGUUAAAGGCCACCGGUUACAUUGCAGCAUCGUCCCGUGGCAUUUGGUUGACUAUGUAUUCAUCCCAGUCAACAUUAAAGAAAAAAACCAUUGGCUGUUGGGUAGUCCUUUCAUUCCUUGACAGACGUCUAUAUAUAUAUGACUCGUACCGAGCGGCUGGUCAUGAUGCAACUGUUAGAUCUGAAAUAGACAAACUCGCCAAUCUAUUGCCCUUGUAUUUACAUUUAACAGACUUCUACCAGUCCAAGCAGGGAGUUGAUUGGAAUUAUAACCACGCGUACAAAGACAAAGCACCUGCUGACAAAUUUGACGUCGUGUUUGUUGACAAUUUGCCACAACAGAGUCCUGGAAGCAUGGAUUGUGGAAUGUAUGUUGCUGCAUAUGCGGAGUAUUUGAGUCAAGGAGAAGGUAUUCCACAUGGAGACCUUGAUGCAGAAUUACUUCGUACGAGAUAUGGUGCUCUUUUGUGGGAUUACGCUAAAAGGAAGAUGGAAGCAAAUGCCGAAAGCGAUAAUGAGGCACCUCCGAAGCUAGUUAGACCAAAGAUAGAUUUUGAUCAAGUUGAAAAAAUCAUAGUUAAUUAGUUUGUAGUUGUGUGGUUCAAAAUGAGAUUAUGAUGUUUCUAGGGAAAACAUUAUCUUUAUGUUUUUGUAAGGAGUUUUUGCUGUCAAAAUGGCAGUUGUUAGUAUGAAU